AUGUCGACUACUCGAAGCGAAAUUUUCAACCCUGCCAUCCCUGGCUUGCCUCCCAAGGAUGUGGUGGUGCGCCUCUGCAAGAAAAAGGGCUUUGACUUCAAUACCCUCACCUAUUCCGCGGAAGGCAAUACCUUUUUUAUCAAAUAUAACAAUGUCACAAUGGAGGAAGCCCACGCGCAGGUAUUCUUCCGUCAGAAGAGUAUGGAAAGAGGCAACGCCACCAUCCGGAUUCCCGAGGUCUACCACGCUUUUCAAAGAGCACAAGCCCUUUCCGAGUUGAUCAGUAUCCCACCGCCACCUGGUGUCUUUGGGAGCUUUACUGGUGGCACCUACAGGCAUCAUUUCUUCCGAGACAGCGAGCCUCCUGUUCCGUUUUCUUCCGCCGCAGAGCUUGAAGAUUAUCUCAAUAGAUGCCUAGAAUGGUACAACGGUGUCACGGGGAGACAAGAUAAGCUGGAUUUCAGUACUGAACCGCUCCUAUGCUACUAUGCAGAUAUGCACCCAAGCAAUUUCCCUAUCGAUAAGCACGGCCAGCUCUGGGUGAUCGACUUUGACCAAGCCGGAGUUCUCCCUUCGAGCUUCAUGAAUUAUGCGAUCGCUGGGCAUCCUAGAAAGCGCCUGCCAGUCCCUAUUAGAAAAACAAUCCCUUUGCCAAAGUCAUCGAACCUGGGGCCCUUAGGUCGUGCCACCUAUGUGGUCAAGACUCUCCAUAAUGACUUUCAUAUCCCCCGGGACAAUCGCACAGAGGCUGAUGCUGAAUCCUCGUCCGCGAGCUGA